UGCUGCCUAAUUGCCCCACUGUUUCAUGACUCACUUCUCACAUCAUCGCUCUUCAUGUCUCAAACAUUGACCGCUUUAUCGAACUCGAACAUCACAACUCAUUCAGCGUCAAAUUUACCUUCCUCACCUCAUCACCUUUUCACCACCUUGCAUCAAAAAAUCAGAACCGCCAAAAUGGAAGCCCUCCUCACCGACCCCCUCAUCAUCUCCGUAACCUCCUACGUAAAAGACUACAUGAGAAACUACGACGCCUCCCACGACUUUGACCACAUCCAACGCGUCCUCUCCCUCUCCCACCACAUCUACGCCCACACCCCCCCUCAGCAACAACCCCUAGACCUAAAAGCAAUCCACCUCUCCGCCCUGCUCCACGACGUCGGGGACCGCAAAUACCUCCUCCCAAACCAAGACCCAACAACCCUCAUAUCAACAACCCUCCUCUCCCUCUCCUGCCCCCCCUCCCUCGCCCAAAAAGUCCAAGAAAUCUGCCUCGCAGUCUCCUACUCCACCGAAGUCAAAAACCCCUCCCAUGUGCAGUCCAUCCUCGCCAAACACCCCGAGUUGGGGGUCGUGCAAGACGCCGACCGGCUCGACGCCAUCGGAGCGGUGGGGAUAGCACGGAUGUUCACCUUUGGCGGGGCCAAAGGCUCCCGCUCGCUGCAGGCGAGCGUGGAUCAUAUUGAUGAGAAGUUGGUCAAGUUGGAGGGGAUGAUGAAGACUGCUGAGGGGAGGAGGCUGGCAGGGGAGAGGACGGAGAGGUUGAGACGGUUUCGGGCGGAGUGGGAGGAGGAGGUGGGGUUUGUGGAAAAGUUGAGGUUGAGUAAGGGGGAGGAGAAGUAG